GCUGCCAUGUAAAAUUGUAAGUCAUAUUUAAACUUAGGUUGGACAGCUGAAAUCCUAAAAAAUGGAAUCAAGAAGAAGAGCAAAGGUUGUGACAGUGUUUUUUUAAAUUUUUAUUUCAGAAGUUUAUAUAUCUAGCUAUACGAGGCAAGUUACUUAAUUUAUGUUAAUUUAUUGAUUAAAAAAGAAAAAAAUAUUUGAAAAUUAAAGAUCAAAGAGCAUUCAUGACCGAUUCCAAAAUAAAUUAUCUUAAUCAACAUUAAUCAAAAUCAAGAUAAGCCAACUCCAACCCUUGUCAGGUCUGAUGCCCAGUCAGGUGCAUGGUUCUAAGUAUCGGGUAUUGGCGUAUCGUCUGAUAAUACCAAUACAAAUCAGAAGCAUUGGCAAAAAAGUGACUCAUAUCGUAUCGGUAUAGCCUAUAACCAUGGUCAGAUGUUGAGAUCACUGAAAGAUCAAACUGCUAAAAUCAGGUAACUCAUCCAUCUAGCUUGAAAUUCCUUAUCCCUUUUAUAUAUAGAACCCAUAACAAAUUCUGAUAGAAAAAACUGAUAUGUGAUGGGUCUCUCAUGUACUCAUGUCUCUAUACUAAUUUCCACCCAGUGACAUCACCACCUCAGAGGAAGGCUCAUUUUGGUUUUUUUAGAGGAGAAAAGAACUUUCUUCAAUUUUACUCUUACUGUACUUGAUAAAGGGGGAAGAAUCAUAUUCAUGACCACUUUAAGCUGAUUCUAUCAUUCUAUGUUACUAGGUAAUGGUGUUUGUCAACUUGUUCAUUCAUGGCCAAUUUGACUCUUGCAAAUGCUUCACCCCAUAUGCCUUUCUCCUGCCUCAUCUUUAGCGUACAAACGACGUCGAAUCUGGUUUUUAGAUCUUAUCCUUCUCCAUAGUUUCCACGCCAUUGCUGUUUGCUCAACUACUGUAUCUUCCAUAAUCCACAUGCAUCAACCUUAAUCCAAUUAUAUAUGUCCUCCCAUGCAUGAAUGUAUGUAUAGGUAUAUGCAGUGGUCAUAUACAUGGGUCUUGGUCUCUUGGAAACUCUCAAUUUGUGAAUGAAUUUUAUAUAACUUCUCUCACCAAAAUGUGGUAAACAGGUUUGAAGCCCAAGGAGGUUGAUGCAGAGUUGAUGAAGAACCUGGGAAGGAUAUCUCUCCACACUUAAGCCAAUGAAAUCAAUCAAACCUGAGGCCUCCGAAAUAUUUCCUUAUGAUAUUUACCCAAGAAUCCUGUUCAUCAUCAACUUUGAAGUAUACUCUCCUUUCCCAGUCUUUUUAACCUUUCAAUACCACCUUUGAAAUCUGUAGUUUUGUAAUAGUUUGUAUUGAUCCAAAAUAUUCACUCAACAAAGACCAAGUAAGUAAUUGGAGGAUUCCCAGAGAGAAGAGCACUUCCCUGUAUUCUCUUCUUUUUUUAUUAAUUGUUGUUGAGGUUUGUAUGUCGAGCAAGUGGUCAUGGCAACUACUGCCAGUAAGCUCUUCUUGAGAGCUCUGCUCUUCUUCAUCUUCAUUUCUUUCUCUGCUCAAGCACACAGCUUGCUAAGCUGUGAGAAUAACUCACCAGAAGCGCUGGGCUACCGCUGCAAUGGUUUUGGUUUGCAGGACCAUUGUGAAACUUAUGCCUUGUUCUACACCAAUUCAAACUACUCAUCUCUUUUUAAUCUGAGCUACUACUUAGGCCUCAAUGUAACAGCCAUCGCCGAUGCCAGUGGGUUCUCUGCGGAUACCAAGUUUCUUGCCCAAAAUCAGCCUUUGUUGAUCCCAAUUUAUUGUAGAUGUGAUGAUAGUUUCUUCAGGGCUGGAAUUACAAAGACUACCAUCAAAGGUGAGAGCUUUCAUGGAAUUGCAGAAUCACUGGAAGGCUUGACGACCUGCAAAGCAAUCAAAGAACAGAACCCCCAUAUCCCUCCAUGGGAUCUCAAAGACAAAGUUCAGUUACUGAUACCACUGAGAUGUGCAUGCCCAUCCCCAUUAGAGCUCACACAAGGAACAAGAUUUCUUCUCUCUUAUCCUAUUAGUAAAGGUGAAACAAUCCCAAACCUUGCCUCCAAGUUUAAUACCAGUGCAGAAGCUAUAAUCUCCGCAAACAACAAAUCAGGAAGCUUUAAGUUUGAAAGCCCAGAACAAUUUUCAAGUCUUCUGAUUCCUCUCCAGAAUAAACCCAUCCUUUAUCUUUUUUCUAAAACCCCUGAACCCAAUUCGGGUUACCCUGUGACUACCAUCCCUGUUAUUAAUCCCAGCAAGCAUCAAUCGAAAAAAUCAACAAUGUGGAAAAUUGUACUCUAUAUUGCACUCAGUGGGGUAGCACUAGGAGCAGGUGUGGCCAUUGCAGCAGUGAUCUUGGUGAUCCAGUGGAGGAAGAACAAGCCAAAUAUUUUUGAGAAUGGGGAUGUGGAACUGCAACAGCUAAGUAUAAGAACUACCAGCGAGAAGAAAUCAUCGUUCGAAGGCCAGCAAGAUCCUUUUGACAGUCAGAUCCUUGAGACCACCACACCCCACAAGAUGGUAUUAGAGACUUACACCAUUGAUGAGCUAAUAAGAGCGACAGAGGACUUCAAUUCCAGCAAUCUGAUCGAGGGAUCCACGUUUCAUGGCCGCCUCAAUGGGAAGAAUCUGGCCAUCAAGAGGGUACCACCAGAAACAAUCUCCAAGAUUGACUUUGAACUUUUCCAUGACACCUUCCACUACAAUCAGCCAAACAUAAUUCGGCUUCUGGGUACCUGUUUGAUCGAUGAGCCUGAUUCAUUCCUGGUUUUUGAGUAUGCCAGGAAUGGUUCCUUGAAGGACUGGCUUCAUGGUGGGUUAGCAGUGAAGAGCCAAUUCAUUGCAUCUUGUUACUGUUUCCUAACUUGGAACCAGAGGCUGAGGAUAUGUUUGGAUGUGGCUAAUGCCUUACAGUACAUGCACAACAUUAUGAACCCUAGCUACAUCCACAGGAAUAUCAAGAGCAGAAACAUCCUUUUAGAUGAAGAAUUCAAUGCCAAGAUCGGAAAUUUUGGAAUGGCAAAGUGUGUGGAGGACAAUUCUGAGGAUUCUCAUUCUCAUUCUCAUUCUCAAACACUUUCAUCAGAUCCAACCACUUGGGACAAAGGGUAUCUAGCUCCAGAGUAUCUGCUGCAGGGCAUUGUUUCAUUGAGCACUGAUAUAUUUGCUUAUGGUGUUGUCUUGCUCGAGGUCUUAUCAGGUCAAACUCCCUUAACCAGGGCCGACGACAAGGAAGAAGGAAUUGUUCGGCUUUCAGAUAAGAUCAACUCCAUAUUAAUGUCGGAAGAUGCGAAUGAACUCAGAGACUGGAUGGACCGUGCAUUGGGAGAGAAUUAUUCAUUCGAUGCAGCAGUGACAUUAGCUAAUCUAGCAAGAUCGUGUGUAGAAGAAGACCCAUCUUCAAGGCCAAGUGCUGGGGAGAUCGUUGACAAGUUAUCGAUAUUGGUGGAUGAAUUACCGGAUAGUGAACAAAUCUCGACGACCUGCGAAAGUUCUUCAAAACCUCAAGUGAAGUCAACUUCAAGCAAUCUGUAAAUACCCAGUUUGACUACGAAUCAAUCGAUCAAUCGAUCGUGGAGGAAUAUGGGCUAUGGAGUAGUUUGCAGUCUAAGUCUCUAGAUAUGUGUUUGUGUGGUGAGAUACUGUAUAUGGAGUAGUUUUGAGUUCCAAGUUUGAAGUUUGAUAGGUAUUGCAAAUUCGGUUGGGGCAUUUCGUCGAACGAAUUGUUCGCAAAUCAUGGUCAGCAGGAAGUACAGAUUAUUCAAAUAGCGGGUGAGUAACUCAAACUGAGCAGUAGUAUGCAUUAUUACAAAAAUACCCUCGGAUUGGUGAUA